GUGAGCGGGGAAGGAGUAGAUUUUUAGCAGGCGCGUUUUGUUUCAACUUCAUAUUGGACUUUGCCGAAUUUCAGUUUAUUUUGGAGUGAAGGUGCCAAGAUGGGAGAAACAGGGUGGAACGGGCGGUUGGUGCUAGUGUGCGUCUAUUUGGCAAGCCUGGCUGCUGUCACACAAGGGAAGACGGUGAAAUAUCAGACAUUUGAGGAAGAUGCACCGGGGACAGUGAUUGGAAACUUGGCCAAGGACAUUUCCUCCACGGGCUCCAGGACCAAUUUCAGGAUGAUGAAACAGUUCAACUCCUCCUUCAUCCGUCUGAGGGAGAGCGACGGGCAGCUGGUCAUCGGAGAGAGGAUAGACAGGGAGCGGAUCUGCAAACACACCCUGCACUGCCUCAUCGCUUUCGACGUGGUCAGCUUCUCCAAAGAGCAGUUCAAACUCAUCCACGUCGAGGUGGAGGUCAAGGACAUCAACGACAACUCCCCCGAGUUCCCCCGGAAAGAGUCGAGUCUGGAGAUCUCAGAGAACACCGUGGUGGGCACGCGCAUCCCGCUGGACUUUGCCGUGGAUGAAGAUGUCGGGGUGAACUACAUCCAAAGCUACCAGAUCUCCGUCAACAGCCACUUUUCGAUCGACGUGCUCAGCAGGGCCGACGGGGUUAAAUAUGCGGAGCUGGUGCUCAUGAAGGAGCUGGACCGGGAGACGCAGGCUUCUUACGCGCUGGAGCUGGUCGCCAUGGACGGCGGCAACCCGUCCCGCACCGGGACAACGCGCAUCAACGUCAAGGUGAAAGACUACAACGACAACAGCCCGGUGUUCGACCGGAACAGCUUCUCCCUGGACCUGCCCGAGGACGCACCGGUGGGUUUCCUCAUGCUGGACCUGAACGCGGAGGACCCAGACGAGGGGCUGAACGGCGAGGUGGUGUACGGGUUCGGUAACCAGGUGCCGACGGAAAUACAGCAACUCUUCAAAGUGGACAGGAAGACCGGGCGGCUCACCCUGGAGAGUCCGAUUGACUUUGAAAGUAAGACCACGUACGAGUUCGACGUCCAGGCCACCGACCUGGGUCCGAACCCGAGCCCGGCCAUCUGCAAAAUUGUAGUGCAGGUGCAGGACGUUAAUGACAACGCACCGGAGAUCUCCAUCACACCCAUGACGUCCAUAACGGCGGGGAUCGCGUACAUCACCGAGGCGGCGGCCAGAGAGAGCUUCGUGGCUCUGGUCAGCACCUCGGACAGAGACUCCGGCGCUAACGGGCAGGUGCACUGCACGCUCUACGGACACGACCACUUCCGACUGCAGCAGGCGUACGAGGACAGCUUCAUGAUUGUGAGCACCAGCCCGUUGGACCGGGAGAAAAUCCCGGAAUAUAACCUCACGGUGGUGGCGGAGGAUCUGGGCUCCCCACCAUUCAGGACCAUCACUCAAUACACGAUCCGGCUGACGGACGAGAACGACAGCGCUCCGGUGUUCAACAAACCGGUGUACGAGGUGGCCGUGGUGGAGAACAACGCGCCGGGCGCAUACAUCGGCACGGUGGUGGCGCGCGACAUGGACAUGGGGUUAAACGGGAAGGUCAGCUACAAGCUGGCGGACACAUAUUUCAUGGGCUCCCCGAUUUCCACCUUCGUGUCGCUGGACCCGGCCAGCGGGUCGCUUUACGCGCUCCGGAGCUUCAACUACGAGGUGAUGAAACAGUUGGAGCUCCGUAUCACGGCCAGCGACGGCGGCUCCCCGUCCCUGUCCGGCAGCGCAAAUGUCUACGUGAGAGUCGUGGACCAGAACGAUAACGCACCGGUGAUCACUCAGCCGCCUCUCAACAACGGCUCCGCCGAAGUCCUCCUGCCCCGGGACGCGCCGAGCGGCUACGUCAUCACCCGGGUGGAGGCGCGGGAUGCGGACGAGGGCGUGAACGCAGAGGUCUCCUACGGGCUGGCCACCGGCGAGCCCUCCGUGUUCUCGGUCAACAAAGCCACCGGAGAGAUCUACCUCAACCAGGUGCUCAGCCACGACGUGGACGAAACUCUGAGCGUGACCGUGACGGUGAGUGACAACGGGAGGCCCGCGCUCACCUCCACCGCCACGCUCCACUUCCUCAUCGUCGCGGGCUCCCCGCCGAGCGACAGGACCGUGUACCAGUCGAGCGGCGGGGACGAGGUGCACGCGCAGUGGGACCUGUCCGUGGUGAUCAUCGUCGUCCUCGCGGGGAGCUGCACGCUCCUGCUGCUCGCCAUCAUCCUCAUCGCCACCACCUGCAACCGUCGCAAGCGGGACAAGAGCGGAGACGACAGCGACUCGUACGGAGAGAAGGGCACGCUGGAGCGGGGCAGGAACCACGUGGCGGACAACCCGCUUCUGCCUCUCCACGGGAGCGGGGGCGGGGCGGGCUUUGAGGGGCACUCCUACGGCAGCCAGCCCGGUGGGUUCACCUCGGCCCACCCCGGGGGCAGCGACAUGUGCUCGGCCUCGGAGGACGGCAGCGAGGUGCCCUGUGUGUAUGACUCAGACAGCAACAACAAGCCUCGAGGGAAUAAACACGAGGGCUACUCCACUCUGCCGGGCUAUGGGAACGCCAAAGAGGCCGUGAGGCCCAUCACCAUCUGGAAAGGGAACUCUUACACCACCAUCUCUGCCAGGGACCCGGCCUUCAGUGGCAAAGACAGUGGCAAGGGAGACAGUGACUUCAACGACAGCGACAGUGAUGUCAGUGGAGACACUGGCCUGAAGAAGGACGGGGCUGUGGUUCCUCCCAUGGGUGGCCAAAAUGCUCUGUGGGCUUGCACUAGUGAAUGUAAGGUCCUUGGCCACUCAGAUCGCUGCUGGAGCCCCUCGGCAGUGAGAGCCAAUGCGGCUCCCUCUCCGGCCCCCACCCUGUCCUCCUUCAGCAGCCUGUCCAAGACGGCCUCCCUGCCCCGGGACCCCCACCGCCGGGACAACUACUACCAGGCCCACAUCCCCAAGACAGUGGGUCUGCAGAGCGUGUACGAGAAGGUGCUGCACACAGAGUAUGACUACGUUCUGGUCACCCCGCCCAGGCCUGUGAGGGUGCAGGAGAUCGGCGAUAUCGCCAUCCCUGUUUACACCCCCACCCCGACACACUGUCCAAACAACGACGUCUAA